CAGCUAGUCUGCGUGCGUGCGUGAGUGGGAGGUGACAGGCCUCAGCCUCUGGCCUUCUCCGCUGACUGCUCCUACGCGACAUCUCUAACCAUGAACCGGUUUGGUACCCGGUUAAUGGGGGCCGCGGCGACCCCGCCACCGCCGCCGAAAGCCCGGAGCAAUGAAAACCUCGACAAAAUUGAUAUGUCUUUGGAUGAUAUCAUCAAAUUGAAUCGAAAGGAAGGAAAGAAGCAGAAUUUCCCGAGACUAAAUAGGAGACUCCAGCAAAGUGGUACCCGACAAUUUAGAAUGAGAGUACGAUGGGGGAUCCAACAGAAUUCUGGUUUUGGUAAGAAUAGUCUGAGCCGUAGAGGAAGAGUGAUGCCUGGGAAGAGACGUCCUUAUGGCAUUAUCACUGGCCUUGCAGCUAGGAAAGCAACUGGAAUUCGAAAAGGAAUUAGUCCUAUGAAUAGACCACCUCUAAGUGACAAGAAUAUAGAACGAUAUUUUCCAGCAUUAAAAAGGAAGGCCAACCUCCUGAGACAAAAUGAAGUGCAGAGAAAACCAGUUGCAGUUCUCAAGCGACCUAACCAGUUAAAUAGAAAAAAUAACAUUCCAGCCAAUUUUACCAGAAGUGGAAAUAAAUUAAGUCAUCAGAAAGAUACUCGUCAGGCAACUUUUCUUUUCAGAAGAGGCCUGAAGGUUCAGGCCCAGUUGAACACAGAACAACUGCUAGACGAUGUAGUAGCAAAGAGAACUCGUCAUUUUUGGAUUUUUGAAACUAGAUGGCGGACUUCUACCACAAAUGGAGGAAUUUUGACUGUAUCCAUUGACAAUCCAGGAGCAGUGCAGUGCCCUGUAACUCAGAAACCACGACUAACUCGUACUGCUGUACCCUCAUUCUUGACAAAACGGGAGCAAUCUGAUGUAAAGAAAGUUCCUAAAGGAGUCCCCCUACAAUUUGACAUAAAUAGUGUUGGAAAACAGACAGGGAUGACUUUGAAUGAACGAUUUGGGAUCCUGAAGGAACAAAGAGCCACUCUCACUUUCAACAAAGGAGGAAGCCGCUUUGUAACUGUGGGAUAGAUCCCAUGUCAAAGGGACCUUUGAGUGAUGACUCUUUUAAAAGUCGAAUUUCUCAGAGUUCAUCACAGAAAUUCAAGAAACUUUAUUUCAAAAUAUUCACAAGGCUAAAAUAACUCUUAUUUUUAUUUUUGAAGUUGUUUUUUUUAAAAUAUGUAUAAAUAAUGCCCUGGAAGAAUAACAGGGAAUAAACCUAUAUGUUCUUAAAGACUUCAUGGUUGACCCAGACAGAACAAUUCUCUGUUUGACUUCUUCGGUUCCUUAUGCAGCAGAAAGAAGGCAGAAAGACAGAAAUUAAUUAUUUUUAUGAUAGUGGUAUUUAGGAUCUCAUCACCUUUGCCCAUUUUUUACACUUUGCCAUGGUAAAUUUUGGUCUUGAGAAGUAUGAGUAGGUCCUUUUGUUGCUCUCACUUACCCUUUAAUAGCAUUAAUGUAAUUAAUACGUGCAGUUAACUUUUCUUCAUUAAGGAUAUUUUAAAAAUUACCAGAGUUCAGUUUGGGGGUUUGAGAUUUAUGGGAAUAUUUGGAACUUGGCUCAUUUCACGCAUAAUGUUAGGUUACUCCUCCAGAGUUUUAAAUCUUUAAUGCUGAACUUUUAACAGGAAAUGUGACUCUAGGCAUUAGUCUCAGUUAAAAUGUUAAAGGCUAUGAAUGGGUGUUUACAAAGUUAUCUGAUAGAGCCUUGGAGGAGGAAGGUCUAGUGUAAAAAUCUGAUAUUUUGUUUAAUACAUGGACAACGCAUGAGAGGAAGUAGCAGGUGGAAGACAACUGAGAUGAAAAACUUUAAAACCUAGGUCAUAGGCCUACUGUUUGAAUUUAGUAUAGGUUCCCCCACCCUCUGCUCCCAUGGCAUGUGGAAGUUCCCAAGCCAGUGAUUGAACUGGCACCACAGUGACCUGAGGUGCUGCAGUGGCAAUGCCUGAUACUUAACCUGUGGCACUGCAAGAGAACUCCAAGAUUUAGCGUAGUCUUGAGUCUAGUGUCACAAAGAAUUCUUCAAAUGAUUUUCAGAAUAAUUAUUAAAGUGGAUUGAGUCCCUUAGAUAUUUUGAUAGUAGAAUUAGUCAUAAAGCCCUAGAUUUCUUGUUCAAAAAGUUACAUUUUAAAAGCUUUUAAGUUUGCAGUAUACAAACUUAUACAAACAGUAUACAGCACUAAAAAUAAAAUAUAUAUAUAUAUUCAUAUAUGUCACAAGGUAAAUGUAAAAUCAUUAUAGUAAUGUUUAACCUUGUUUUGUACCUUUGCUUCUGAUUUCUUGUAUAAAGUUCAGGCAUGGUAGGAAGAGAGCUUUUCACUGUACACUCUGGAGGGAUAGGAGGAGUUUGUUGUGCCAAGCUAGUGCUAAAAAUCCUCAGAUGGUUGUAAACUAUUAAGUUAUGGUAUAAUGCCAAAAUGCAGCAAAAUAUUCAAACUAAAGUUUACAAUUUUCGUCAUUUUGAAGCUUAAUUUUUUGGUUUUCUAUAAUGUUAAAACCUCUAAGUAGGUAUUAGUUUCCCUACAGUGUAUUAUUAGUGUUGAUUUUCUCUGUUAAAACACACACACACAAAAUAUUAAGUUAUGGCUUCUGUCUGCCUUGCAGUGUAUACUAGGCUUUCAUUAUUGUCUCUCAUGCUUCUUGAAUUACUUCGUUUAUGCUAGCCACGGAAAGCUAUCAAUAACAGUUUCAUGCUUAUACCAAAGAACCAAAUCUGAUCCUUAAUAUCUGGUAUUUUGCUUGUAAGUCUACUGAUAAGGGAUUAUUGAAAGCCAGUCAUACAAUUUGAAAAUAAACUCUGGUCUCUCCGGAGGCCAAGGACUCAUUGCAAAACAGUUUUGCAAGUGUGAAUACUUAGAUUCGAUCCAUGAACAAUACAUUUUAGACUGGUUUAGAAUUUACUGAUAAAAAAACAACUGAGCGUGAGUUUGCUGCCUUUAGAACAGAUUGUAAAAAAAUGGUAUAAAGGUGUUUUCAUUUUCUUAUUAUUUUAAAUAUUAUAUAGAGCUAUUAAUAAUGCCUUUUUCUGGGAAAAAUCUUAAAAAUUGCCCCAAAUAUUGAUAUUAAAUGCAUCAAACGAAGUGUCUUUGGUAUACUAAAAUUUGCUCUUCAUGCAUCUGUAAUUUCAUUUUCUUUUUAACUGUAAAAAUCUUGCUUUUGUUACAACCAAAUUAAAAUUCUUGAGUGCUAACAUGUUGUAUAUAAACAAAAGAAUAUGCUUUUUUUGCAGGAAAAUUUUCCUUUCUUGGAAUGUGGUUGGUUGUAGUCAUCCUUUUUUAGUUCUUAAACUUUUUUUUUUAAAUAGGAUGCAACUUAAAUUUCCCUUUGCAUCAAGGUGUAUACAAAACAUUGAUGCAGUGCAUCACAAAAUGAAAGUUUGUAUUUAAUGAGGAGAUGCUUUACACUGUACUUUUUUGGUGUUUUUUGGAAAAGUUACAUUUAGAUCUAUUCUGAAGCUGUUCAUUUUUAACAAAUAAAAUAUUACAGGUCUCACGUGGUUUAUUCUUAGCUGCAAGGAUUGAAUUGUGUUUUUUAGAUUAUUGUGUAUUACACAACUUUGUAAUGACUAUAGUUUUUAGGGUUUGAAAAGCUACCUACGAAUUAAAUUGGUAAACCAGUUCAGUCUAUUGACAUCCCACCAACUGCCUCUGGACCAUUUCCUUCAUAGCUCCAACAGGAAGUAGCCAGGACGAGUUAAAAUAGAGAAUUUAAUUUACUCAGAAUGAGGAAAAUUAGGCUGAAUGAGCUUUUAGAGAUCAUCCACUUCUAACUGUUCUUUUACCUCUUGGUUCACUGAGACCCAGCUUUUCAAGACUUUUGUAUGGUAGAGUCAUACUUAAAGCUUAGAUCUUUUAGUACUCAGUUCAUAAUAAACUUCCUGUGAAUCGAACACCCAAAGAAAGUAGUGAAAUGUGUGGCUUGUCAGGUAUUUAAGAUGUAGUAGCUGUGUAUUAGCAUUUGUAGGAUAGGAGGUGAAUAUACAUUGUCAGUGAUUAUUGUGAGAUUUUAUCACUUUGGGUAUUCCAGUUAGGUAGACCUCUUGGAAAAGGCCAUUGUUCCUAAUCAAACAUUAUGCAUUUUUUUUAAGUAGACAUAAACCUUACCACAAUUUUAUCUAUAAACAAAUCAUAAAAUGCUUCCAAGUAUGAAGAAACUAAAAGACUUUACUGCCCAGUGGUUAUUUUUUGUUGUAAUAGAUAUGUAUAUCAAAUUUGGUGUCAAUAGCUUUAUAAUUCACACAACAUACCCAGUGUCAGGUAAUUUUUAUUCUGACAUAUCUACAUUACUGUAUGGAGAUAAGAGAGAAGAAAUAACUGUGUACUACAGAGAAUGAAUAUCAUACAUUCAGAAUGCAGGUAGUAUUAGGGUAGAAAAUGAUUUCAUUUCUCAUCUUUGAAAUUUCAUCAGACUUACAUGAUCAUUUGUUUUUUGCCACUGUAAAAAAACAAUGAAGCAUGUGAUUUAAGCUUUCUUUAAAAUCGAGUUCUUUUUUCAUAGAUCAGUUUGGAGUUAGGCACAUUUUAAAAAAUGAUAACUAAUAAACCCCAAGCGUUUGCAACAAGAAUUUCACACUAUUGUGGACAAUUAAUAGAGAUUUAAGGAUUGUUUAUAAAUUGGUGACUUUUAAUGUCUUUUUUCCCCUGCCAUUAUAGUUUACUUUCUCUCUGAAAUCUGUUCAACAAAAAGCUUGAUAAAAACAAGGAAAUGUGAUAUUCUAAAACUGAAAUUACUUUUUAUCAAUAUAUUCAAAUGUUUUACUGAUCUUUAAAGAUGAAUAAGAAACUA